GGUCACUUUUAGGGGGGUGGGGCUUGUUUAAUUUCUGCUGCAAACUAGCUCAAGUUUCAAGUUACAAGUUAGCUAGCUAGCUAAGCUAGCUCAGGUGCUAAACAACAGCUACGUCCUGCAGAAGAGCUCCAGAAUGGGUUUACAUGGCAGAAGUAUUGUUCGUCCUGUGCUACAGAUGAUCCAGUUCCUUGUGGGCUUGACCCUUCUUGUGAUGGGUUUUGUAGAGUUCUUCAAUGAACCUCCCUUGUUUGACAUCCUUGGAGAUCAGGGAACAAGGCCCUCCCUGCCUGAUGGAGCAUUUAGUAUUAAUGAUAGUAUCGGCUCAACAACGACAUACAGAGUGUUUGGUAGAGUGAUGGAUCUCCCUGUACUCUCUCUGUUUGUGACGUACUUUCUUGCGCUGAUUUGGCUGAAGUUCAAAGGGCACCUCUCAUGGAUCAUGUCCGGUUGCAUGGUAGUGGGCAUGCUAAUGAUAGUGGGAGUCAACAGAGGUUUGGCCAAUGGGAUACUGGAAUGGAAAUAUAUGUCUCAGAGAGCUACUAUUAUUGUUUUGGAUGUGCUGAUUCUGUCGUUUGGUUGGACAGCAGUAACUAUGGUGCUUUUUCUGAUCCGUGGCUGGUUCCCGUUUAAAACUAUGAAAACUGAUCCAGUGACUCGUUCAGAAAAGGCAAUGGCCAUUAUUGGCAACAUCAUUGGGCUAUAUUCUGUACUCACCCUUUGUUUUUUUAUCUGGUUCACACGACUCUAUGUUUCGUGGGCAUGCAUUGAGAGCUCUUACGAUUUCCUGCUCCUCUGUCAACUGACCAACCAAAUACAGUGCUACGCUUGCACUAACACUGAGGCCUACCAGUGUGUGGAUGAGGGCUUGGCUGAGUGCGUGAAGCACCCAAACAUUGAUCCUUUCCAUUGCCUCUCUCCUUCAUUCGCCAUGGACCCCAUUAAUUAUCAUGGUUUUUGUGUUUUCAACUACAACAUAGGUUUCUUCACAUUUGUCACAGUGUUUGCGUAUGUGGGUGGAAUCUACUUCUUCUGUCGUACAAUUUUCAAAGCCAUUCUGAAGUGUAUCAAGGUUAUUAUCCUGAUAACCAUCAAGUACUUUCAUAGACUGAUCAAGCAGCUCAUGAAGAAUAAAGACUAUGUCAGUCUUAAUGAAGAUGGUGGUGACGAGAAUAGUCUGAAGACCGAUCGUGUCUCGUUACUGGCCUCUCUACCGUUUAACUAUGCUAGCACUGCUAAUAGCAAAACUGCCAGCACUAAAAUGGUGUAGUGUAGUUGUUCGUUUUAUUUACUCUGUGUGCGUUAAGCUUCAUAACAAACUUUUUAUGUCCAUUACGUAUUAUUUGUACGUAUUAUUUGUACGUAUUAUUUGACUCUGAUGACUUAUACAAUAAAACAGGUGUUUGUAUUAUAAAGAGUUAAUGUUAUUAUUGUGUAGAGUGCUUUGCUUUCUUGAUGGAUUGUGGUUGACGUGCUGUUUUGAACACAUUUAA